UAUCUGUUAGCUUUCAAUACUUGCCUCUCUCUCUUUCUAAUGUGGUAUCAGAGCUCUAGCUCGAUCCAUCAAUGGCGAUCACAGAUACCGAAUCAAACUCUUCCUCUGCUACUGCAACUUCCACAAAUUCUGCGUCUCUAGUAACAUUCGCACAUCCUCUUCCUCUCAAACUUGACAGUAACAACUUCAUCUUCUGGAAACAUCAUGUAGAAUCAGUCGUUCGAGCACACAAACUUCUUUGAUUCAUUGUCAAACCACAAAUUCCAAAGCAAUUUAUCUCCGUUGAAGAUGAAGCAGCAGGAACGAUGAACGAAGCUUAUGUUGCCCGGGAGCAACAAGAUCAAAUGCUGUUCUCGUGGCUCCUAACGUCGCUAUCGGAAGCACUGCAUGCUCGUGUCAUUCAUUGCAAACAUUCAUACUAGUUAUGGAGUGCGAUCAACACUUCCUUCCAGUCAAGUAUCCUCGCAAAAGCUAGACAACUGAAAUCCGAACUGUACAACACUGCGAAAGGUUUACCUGAAGAAUACGAGUCUCUGGCCUCAUCCAUAUCUUCUCGAAGUAUUCUCGAUCCUCCAACCUUGUCUGAAGUUGAGUCUCUUUUGUCUGCCAAAGAGAUGCAACUACAAAAGCUUCAUGAAUCUUCCCAGUCGAAUCUUCUAUCUGCAAAUGUUGCUCGUUUGGAUAUUUCAGCUCCAAACACUCGUUCAACUGAUGAAAGCAUAACUGACAAUUCUUCGGCUCAAGUUGCUCAGUUCAACAACACUAGCAAUAAUGAUAAUUCUUACAGAGGCAGAGGUCGUGGAGGUUUCUCAAGAGGAAGAGGUGGUAGAUCUAGAGGAAGAAACUCUAUUAUAUGUCAAGUUUGUGGAAAAUCAGGUCAUCAUGCACUCAUUUGCUAUCAUCGAUAUAAUCCUUUUUAUGCUGCAACAAAUUCUUCACCAAGACCACCUUAUUCAACUCAUCCAUAUUCAGCUCCCUCACAGUUUAAUCAUCCUUUCUCACAAAGAUCUCCUUCCAAUUCUCCCUUCUCCACUGCUCCAUCAUAGUUCAACUGGAAUCAGCCAUCUCAGCACUCUUAUAAUUCUUCAUCCACACCUGGACAACAUCAACCUACUGCUGCUUGGGCCAGUGCAAAAACAUCCAUUUUAGGACCUCCUCCACAGUCUCAAACAUGGUUCCCUGACUCUGGAGCCACUCACCAUGUCACUGCAGAUCCUCUUAACCUUCAGCACAGUGAGCCUGCCACCACCACUGACAAACUCUUUAUGGGGAAUGGUCAAGGUUUGGACAUAAAGUAUGUUGGUUUUACUUCCUUUCCAUCCCCUUAUCAGUCCUCUAUUUCUCUUUCCCUCAAAAAUAUCCUUCAUGUUCCUUCCAUUACUAAAAAUCUUAUCAGUGUUAGUCAAUUUGCUAAAGACAACAAUGUCUAUUUUGAAUUCUAUCCUUAUGAUUGUUUUGUGAAAUCACGGGUUUACAAUAAAGUUCUCUUACAUGGCACUUUGGGAGAGGAUGGUCUUUAUAGGUUCAAGUCCUUUCCUGCUCUUGGUCAGCAUCAACCUUCUACAAGUUCCAGUUUAUCUACCUUGUCAUCUACUUACAAUAAAAAGUCUAGUGUCUUAGUGUCUACUUGUAAUAAUGAUAAAUCUUGUAGUCCUUCUCACUCUUGUAAUCUUUGGCACUUAAGGCUUGGCCACCUCAUUUUGAGGCCCUCAAACUUGUACUUCAACAUUGUAAAGUAUCUUAUAUCAAUAAAAAUGCACUUGAUUUCUG